GGGAGGGGCAGAGUGAGCGAGAGGGAGUGGAGCUACCUGGAGUUACCUCAAACUUGCGACACCUUUUGACGUCGAUCGCGGGCUCAGUAGCAAUCGGUAGCCGGCGCCAGCAACAACAAACCCAAACACAGAACAAUUAGUCGACCGAAAUUCAGUGGUAUAUAUUUAUGCACAUAUAUGUUUAAAAAGCGCACCGCACACAAAGUGAACUGUGUCAAAUCGAGAGAUUACGGUAAAGAUAUGUCGUUUUGCGGUAAAUGUGUUUAACGGUGGAUCUUCGUUUGCAACUUGGCCAAAUACGAAGUGAUUCGGCCUAAAGAUAUAGAACCACAAAACGAUGGCCUCCAACAACAGCAGCACCACCGAUCUGGACGGUCAGGUCAAUGUGGAGGAUUUGCCCAUAACGUUCAAGGUAAAAUACAUUGGAUCUGAGGUUGCUCGCGGAUUGUGGGGCAUUAAGUAUACUCGAAGACCCGUUGACCUAAUGGUGGGCGUGGCUAAGAACCUGCCGCCCAACAAGGUGCUGCCCAACUGCGAUUUGAAAGUGUCCACCGCGGGCGUGCACCUGGAGAUUAUUGCGCCCAAGGCGAGCAUCAAUCACUGGAGCUAUCCGAUCGACACCAUUUCGUAUGGGGUUCAGGAUUUGGUCUACACAAGAGUAUUUGCGAUGAUCGUGGUGAAGGACGAGUCCAGUCCGCAUCCCUUUGAGGUGCAUGCCUUCGUCUGCGACAGUCGGGCGAUGGCGCGCAAGUUGACCUUUGCCCUGGCCGCAGCCUUCCAGGAUUACUCGCGACGGGUCAAGGAGGCGUCCGGCGAAGAGGAUGGUAAUGAGGGCACGCCCAGCGACACCAUCACGCCCACGCGCCAAAAGUUCGCCAUCGAUCUGCGAACGCCGGAGGAAAUCCAGGCCGGCGAACAGGAACAGGAAACGGAGGCGUAGUCGGGGGAUUCACUGUACUGUACUUAUCCCAAUGUGAUGUGUUUAGUUACUUAACGUCCAGUGUUCACUGUAUUUGUAAAUUGUAGUUCUCUCACCCGGUAGUUGCCUCAUACAGCUAAUUACCCAAAGCCUAAGUGUUAAUGCGAUUUGUAAACGAUUUUCUAUAAUAAACUACGAAUAUUGUA